GUGAAAUCGCCUCCAUGGAGACGACGAGAACUAGUGCUUUGUGCUGAUUCCUACUUGAACCCAACUCCUGGGAGUGUGCAUGCUUGUCUGCGGAGUCUCCCUCAGCGAGCUUCCACAGCGCCCAAAGAGAAGUGCCAGCAGCACGCACUUGCCUUUGAGCUUUUGUCCUGAUCACUUGCUCCGGUUGUAAAGCGGGGCUGCUGGAGGUGGGAGCCAGUCUUACAAGUGGCCUUAUUCCAGUCCCACAAGUCCCUGAGUGGCGGAUUGAGGUUCUCCGGACAGUCCCCAGUGCGGCAGGAAACAUGCCCACACAGUCCCUCCUCGUGUACAUGGACGGGCCGGAAGUCAUCGGCAGCUCACUGGGCACCCAGGUCGAGAUGGAUGAUGCCAUGCUGAUACGAGGGGCGGCCACUGUUCCCUUCAGAGCCACGCAGGAGCGCAGCAUCAUCCAGGUGGAGGGCUGCAUGCCGCUGGACUGCAUGUUCUGCAGUCAGUCCUUCAGCCACUCAGAGGACCUCAAUAAGCACGUGCUCCUGCAGCAUCGGCCCACCCUCUGUGAGCCGGCUGUCCUGCGGGUGGAAGCCAAGUAUCUUAGCCCUCUGGACAAGAGCCAGUUAUGUGCCGAGCCCCCAAAGGACAAGAAUUGCAAAGAAAACGAGGACUUGAGCUGUGAAGUGUGUGGGCAGACGUUCCGAGUGGCGUUUGAUGUCGAGAUGCACAUGAAGAAACACAAGGACUCUUUCACUUACGGGUGCGGCAUGUGCGGCCGGAGGUUCAAGGAGCCGUGGUUCCUCAAGAAUCACAUGCGGACCCACAACGGCAAGUCGGGGGCCAGGAACAAGCCGCAGCCGGGCCUGGAGAGCCCGGUGACCAUCAACGAGGUGGUCCAGGCACACGUGGCGGGGACCAUCUCGUCUCCUUACAAAAUAUGCAUGGUUUGUGGCUUUGUAUUUCCCAAUAAAGAGAGCCUGAUGGAGCACAGCAAAGCGCACACCAAAGAAGCUGCUCCCGGUGCCAGCAGUGCACAGAGCGACGCCCAGCCGGAGGGCACACCAGCUCCCCGGGAAGAAGAGUUCCUGCGGCUUUUAAACUUGAGACCAAAAUCGUACGCUGAGUGCGCCAAGAAGCCGGUGAAAUGCAUACCUCAGCUCGACCCGUUCACCACCUACCAGGCUUGGCAGCUGGCUACGAAAGGCAAAGUCGCCGUUGCCCAAGAGGAAGUGAAGGAAUCUGGCCAAGAAGGAAGUACUGACAAUGAUGAUUCUUGCUCGGAGAAAGAAGAACUGGGAGAAAUUUGGAGUGGCAGCAAGUCCGAAGGCUCUGGGAAGUCCAGAGCGAAAGCUGGCUGUGCAGGGCUCGCACAGGAGAAGGACAAGCCCAGGCACUCGAGCGGUGACGCGCCUCUGGGGGAUGCAGACCCCAAACUGUCCACCAACAAAGAGAAGCCCACGCACUGCGCCGAGUGCGGCAAGGCCUUCCGCACCUACCACCAGCUGGUCUUGCACUCACGCGUGCACAAGAAGGAUAGGAGAGCGGAGGCCGCGUCUCCAACCACGUCCCUGGACGGAAGGCAGCCCGGCACGUGCUCGCCAGAGCUCGCCACCAGCCUGGACGAAGGCGGAGCUGCAGACCGGGGCGAAGGUGCCUCCGAGGAUGGCUCCGAGGAUGGACUUGCCGACGGGCUGCACCUGGAUAAAAAUGAUGACGGAGGAAAAAUAAAGCAUCUCACGUCCUCGAGAGAGUGUAGUUAUUGUGGAAAGUUUUUCCGUUCAAAUUAUUACCUCAAUAUUCAUCUCAGAACGCAUACAGGUGAAAAACCAUACAAAUGUGAAUUUUGUGACUAUGCUGCAGCGCAGAAGACGUCUCUGCGGUACCACUUGGAGAGACACCACAAGGACAGGCAGGCGGAUGCUGCUGCCGAGGCCAAGGGGGACGGCAGGAGCCAGGAGCCCGAGGACGUGCUCGCCACCGCUGACUGUGCACAGACCAAAAAUUUGAAAAGAUUUUUUGAUGGUGCCAAAGAUGCCAAAGGCAGCCCACCUGCCAAGCAGCUCAAGGAGAUGCCUUCUGUGUUCCCAAAUGUUCUGGGCAGCUCUGUCCAGUCACCAGCGCACAAAGAUACUCAGGACUUCAAUAAGCAUGAAGCUGAUGACAUUACCGAGAGUGCGAGCGGAGCUGCUACCCCUGCCUACUUGGACCUGCUCAAGAAGAGACCCGCGGGGGAAGUUGAGGCCAGUAGCCCUGCGUGCAAGGUGGCAGCAGCGGUGGCUCCGCCCGCAGAGAGCAGCGCCACCCGGCGUGCUCGCGGCAGCUGUGGAGACAAGCUGGGGGGUGCAGGAGCCGGCAGGUGCCAGCCCGGCCCGGAGUGCCUGCCCGGCCCGGAGUGCCAGGAGAAGCCUUUGAACUUGUCUCUGGGGCCUCUGCACACUUGCCCUGCAAUUUCUUUGAGUAAAAACUUAAUCCCAAGUAUCACCUGCCCGUUUUGUACCUUCAGGACCUUUUACCCCGAGGUCCUGAUGAUGCACCAGAGGCUGGAGCACAGGUACAACCCCGACUCCCAGAAGACCUGCAGGAGUAAGGCGCUGCUCCGGAGUCGCCGGACCGGCUGCCCGCCGGCACUGCUGGGCAAAGAUGUGCCUCCCUUGGCUGGCUUUCAUAAACCUAAGCCCAAGCCAGCCUUCCAAGCGCAGCCCAAAUCCCUGCCAUUGGAGAAAGCCAAGCAGAGCCCCUUGGGGCCGGGCAAAGCCCUUCUGGCCUCAGGGACAGACUCCAGCACUUUAGCCCCGAGUAACCUGAAGUCACAUAGGCCACUGCAGAGUGCUGGGGGCUCCGGGGCCACCCCCAGGCCGCAGCAGCCCGAGGUGUUUGUGAAAGCCAGUGCCUGUCCCACGCCCGAGAAGGCAAGACGAGCCGAGGUGAAGCUGAAGCCUGCGGCAGCCGCCGCACCUCAGCCCAUGCCUGGCAGCGGCUCGGGCGAGAGUGCUGCCAGGGGCGAGAGCCCGUGGGCCCCUCAGGGAAGGGACUGUUUCGGUCACCGGAAUGCAGGCGGCAGCACUGUGGAGUUAACCGAGCCGCUGCCCAAAAGACUGAAAUCCAACGUGGUCUCGCUUGACAUUGACCUGCCUGGGCCCAACUACAAGAGAGGCUACGAGGUGCCCAAGUACCACGUCGUCAGGGGCAUUACGUCGCUGUUGCCACAGGAGUAUGUGUGCUCAUCAUCGCUAACCCCCAAACCAAGGUUCCUGGGUGCUGCCGAGCUCGAGUCUUCCAGCGUGCUGACUGUGCAGAAGUCCCACGGCAGCGCGGGGCCCCUCUACCCGUGUGCACCUGUCAGCAGCCCAGGCUCCAGCGCGGCGUUAGAAGGGAAGAGGCCCGUGUCCUAUCAGCAACUGUCCAGCAGCAUGCUGCAGAAGAGGAACUAUGAGAAUUGUGUUGGGAAUGCACAUUACCGACCAAAUGACAAGAAAACUUGAAUUCCCUUUG